AUGCGUCUCAUUCGGCUGUGCGCUCUGGCGCUGGCCGCUGAAUGCGCCCAUGGUUAUCUCGAUUCCACGCCAUUCUUCAUGUUCUCAACCUCCGAACUUCUAGCAACGACCUCCCACGUUCAAUCCGCACCCCUACUGACCUCCGAGAUCGCAUUGACUCUCUCCUCGUGCCCUUCCGACUACUACAUCCUUGUGUCGCAACCAGGAGUGUCUGCCAAAGACUACUCCAAUUCCAAGAGAUCCACACCCUUACUCGCAAGAGCAUUGUCGCCUUCCCAGGCGAAAGGAUCGGCUGUUCGGAGCAGCUUGACCAUUCCGGACGUGUUCGGUCGCCUAGACAGCUCUGCAUGGGUAGACGUCCUGAAAACGAAAUGUGGCGUCUCGGUCACUUCCAUCGACGCCUCGAAAGAAGGAGGAGGUAUUCCGACCAAGGAGUUGAGCCCGUCACCGCGUCUGCUCGAACUUGUCCUCCCGGCGCCAUCAACUGGCUCAAACAGAGUCGACAACCUCUCAUCGAACGACGCAUUCCUCGCUUCAGUGCUAGACCUCCUACCGACGCAGAACUACACUGUGCUAUACACUACAAGCCGCACACAGGACGGCAUAUUGGUUGCUCAAGGAGCGGACGGAAAAGACGCCGCGGAAUAUGACAUGGAUUCUCAAAUACAAGAGAGCAUGCAUAUUGAUCUGAAGCGAGAUCUCGGUGUGCAUGCGUCGGCCAACAAGACCGGGAAUAACCAGACCAUGAUCGACGGGCCGUUGUUUGAUAAGUAUCAAUUUUUCGGUCCAGGGAUCUUCAUGGGCUACCUCGUCGGCUUCCUCCUCUUAACGAUCUUGUAUGUUGCCAUUUCCGGCGUGGCCAGUUUACAAGUCACAUACGCUGCGUUCGACAAGGAUCAAGGACAGCUCGCGACGAAGAAGCAGUAA